UUGACUUCCUGUGCUCCUCUUGCAUUACUGCUGUACUUGCAUCAGUUUAUUUGCACUCUCAAGGAGCCACCAUGAGUCGACAGUGCUUCUCCUCUAGGGGCUUCUCUUCCUCUUCUGCUGUGUGUGGCUUUGGCCGGGGUAAUGGCAGCUCAGCCUCUGUUGGCUGGUCCCCUGGAAGGGGAUAUGGUGGCUUCAGCAGCAGAAGUGUCUGUGACCUUGGCAGAACAGCAAGAAUAUCUUUUGGUGGAGGCUACCCAAGUAGGGGCUACCCAAGUGGGGUCUAUGGAGGCUUUGGCAUUGGACGUUGUGGUGCCUAUGGUGGUGGUGCAGCCUACGGUGGCCAUAUGGGUCUUGGCAAUGCUGUAUGUUUUGCCGGCGUUGGAAGUCACGGAGGCUUUGGAGGUCACAGAGGAGCAUUUGCAGGGUUUGGAGGUCCCUGCAGAAGUGAAGGUAUCCGAGGUGUCAACAUCCACCCGGAGCUGCUAAAGCCACUUGCUGUGGGGCUCGACCCAGCUGAAUGUCAAGUGCGAACGCACGAGAAGGAGCAGAUAAAGAACCUCAAUAACAAGUUUGCCUGCUUCAUUGAUAAGGUCCGACUGCUUGAGCAGCAGAAUAAGGUGCUGACGACCAAGUGGGACCUCUUGCAGCAGUGCAUCGUACCGGGGACGAGGAGAAACCUGGAGCCUCUUUAUGAGAGUUUUAUCUGCAACCUGAAGAAGCAGCUGGAGCAUUUGUUAUGUGAUAGGGACAAACUGAUGUGCGAAGAGAAAGCAGCAAAUCACCUUGUGGAUGAGUUCAAGUGCAAGUAUGAAGAGCAAAUCAACAGGCGCACAGCUGCAGAGAACGAGUUUGUGGUGCUCAAGAAGGAUGUGGACUGCCUGCACCUGACUAAGGAAGAGCUGGAGAUUAGGGUGGCACUCUUGAGGCAGCAGCUGGAAUUCCUGACCUGCAUAUUUGCUGAGGAGCGAGCUCAGAUGGAUUGCCAGCUCUGCGACACCUCUGUCAUUGUGGAAAUGGAUAACAAUCGAGGCCUGGACAUGGACAGCAUCAUCAACAGCGUUAAGUGCUGCUAUGAGGAGAUCGCUCACAAGAGCAAAGCAGAAGUGGAGGCUUUCUACCAAACCAGACUAGAAGAGCUUCACACCAACAGGGGCAAAUACUGCGAUGACCUGAGGAUCAGCCAAUGUGAGAUUGCAGACCUGAAGAGGGGAAUCCAGAAACUGCAGGGCGAGCUUGAUGGUGUGAAGAAGCAGAUCGGAUGCCUAGAAACAGCCAUUUGUGACGCUGAGCACCAUGGGGACUGUACCCUCAAAGAUGCCCGGGAGAAGCACAUCAACCUGCAGACUGCAUUGCAGCAGGCCAAGGAUAAAUUGGCCUGCUUGCUGCGGGACUACCAGGAGCUGCUGAAUGUCAAGCUGGCCUUGGAUAUUGAGAUUGCAACAUACAGGUCACUACUGGAGGGAGAAGAAAGCAGGAUAUGUACAGGGACUCCUGCAUGCAUAUCUGUGGUCAGCGGCGGCUGCACCAUCGGCGACAACCUUGCCGUAGGUGUUGGCAGAGGUGGAGCUGCCAGGGGAGAAGUCGGCUCUGGCGGUGGCGUGGGAUCUAUGGCUGGCGGUGGUGGAUUCAGCUCCAGAAGCGGCGAAUGCAUCACCCGGAUGGGAGGGAGAUUGGGGUCCAGAAUUGCAGUCGCUGGUUUUGGAAAGGGAGGACCAGUGCCCUGCGAAGGAGUCUUCAUGGGUGCUGGAGGCAUGGGCUCUAUGGGGAACGUGGUCCACGAUGAAGUGGAACACUUUGGCCCUGGAGGGCUAGGCGGCAUGGGAGGUGGGGCUUGCAAUGCAGGGAUGAGGGCCAGCUCGACUAUGCACGUCAUGUCAAGUGGAACCAUGCCCCGAUAAAGUCACCGCUGCUAGAGGGAAAUUUGUUUCUCUGCCUUCUGACAGCUACAUGAAUUACCAAACUGGUCACUGUCAGCUGUUGACACUGCUUUGUCAACUGCUAGUUGAUCAGGAAGCACCUUCUCCUGAAGGUCCAUCUCGGAGAAGAGUGACUCAAAAGGUCUCAAACAAGUCCUUCCUUUCAGUGUCUUUCUUUUUGUGAGUCUGUAGCUGUCUUGAGGCACUGUCUUGGCUCUUCAACAAAUCUUGCCUGCCUGCUACUCUUACACUUUUCCCUUUGGUUUUCCUCCUGCAUUGGUUACAUUAGGGACCACAUAGCAUUAGGAUGAAAAAUGUUAAUGUGCUCAUGCUGGAGUGCCUUGUGAAAAAUUUCAGAAAAGGGGAAACGGUACAUUAAUAAUCCCAGAUGGGAUCACUGAUGUAAUUUUACUUCUUUAGCAAGACGGUGAACAUGACUACUUUUUUUUGUUUGCAUGGCAUGGUUUGGGAUCAGGUUGUGACCAUUGCGAUCGCUGCAUCGACUCCGCAAAAAUCGCUAACACACAUUUUCAUUGCACCAAAGAUGAGCGCUUUUUUGUGAUUUAUCUGUGCUUGGAUGCAUGCGUUAUUAUCAUUCCUAUGGGGGCACUGGAUGAAAUGGUCACGUGCUUGGCAUGUACAGUCAGAACACUGUUGACUAUCCUCAGCUUGUUAUCCAGAACGCUAAACCUUCUGCUGUAUCCUCAAUAAACUGCAUGCAUGAAUCAG